AACGUUUUUGCCGCACUUAUGCAACACACACAUGACAACGUGGAACAGUCAAUUUUGCAGGUUAACCGCGGAUGCUCUCCCGACAAAUAACCAGAGUACGACAUGGGGUUUUUACAGUGGGAAAUACUUCUGGGACUGGUGAGCUUGGUUGACUGUGGAAAAACGCUUUUGAGCAACUCAGCAGUCAGCGGAGUCACCUCCAACCAAGUGAAGGGUGCUGCCAUAUUCUUGCCGUACUUUUCCGUUAAUUGCAAUGGAAAGAAUAUCACUUUUAUCACUACCAAGGAUAAAUUUGAUUGUGAACAGCAAUGUCGCAGUGACAGCAAUUGCCGGUAUGCUGUCUAUGAAACCGAGAAAAAACCGCAACUGUCCAAGUGCUUGAUCCAUGGACCAUCAGAUGGAAUAUCCCUGAAUAACACCGAGUCCCUUCUUACUGCUGUCCGUUACAAUAUAACCGAGCAAGCUUGUAAGCAGCUGAAAGGGGACAUGUUUUCUCCAGCUAAACAGGCGAAACCGGCACGAUGCGGUUUUGUACCGCAUUCUUACAACUGCCGGCUGAAAGCGUAUCACCGCAUCGAGGACGCCAUUUUAGUGGGCUUUGUUUACAAAAAUUUUACCGCCCGUACCAGUGUGGAAGUGGAUGGCCACGUUCUUCAGCAAACAAGAGGAGAUCAAGUCUCGCUGGAUUUUUGCUGGAAACUAUGUAAUUUCUUCCCGGCGUGCACUGCAGCCCAAUUUACUUCGUACUAUUGGUACUCCGGCUGGGAGGAUUCGUGUUUUCUGUAUGAUAGUCCGUCUCCGGCUAAAACGCUUAACCAAACAGCGCAGAGCAGACAAAACCAACCAGCUAGUAGUGUUGUUUUCUUUGCCGUUUGAUGAACAUAACUUCGUUAUUUGCCCGCCAAAAUGUGUGACACAAACAAAACUGCCUAGAAAACGGGAAAAACUACUAGUAAUUUUCUUAGAAAUAUAGCGUAUGCGUUGUGCGAAACGUAUCCCUUUCGUAUUAUGAGACUUCGUUAAAUCGCCCACUAUAUUGCUACAGCGUGUCUGUUUUCGGCGA